AUGUCUCUCCACACACCCCUCUGCACACUCCUCAAAAUCCAACACCCAGUCCUCCUAGCCGGCAUGGCCCGCGCUUCUGGCGCUGAGCUCGCAGCUGCCGUCUCAAAUGCAGGCGGCCUCGGCACCGUGGGUGGAUUGGGCUACACACCGCAACAGCUAUCCGAGAUGCUGACGGAGCUCAAAGCCCUCCUGAAAGACCCAUCACUACCCUUCGGGGUGGACCUGGCACUCCCACAAGUCGGGAAUGGAGCACGGGCUACAAACCACGACUACACCCACGGCCAGCUGGACGAGCUGGUAGAAGUUGCGAUUUCGCACGGCGCGAAGCUGUUCGUCUCGGCUGUUGGUGUGCCUCCCGAGAAGGUUAUCAAGCGUCUCCAUGAGGCUGGACUCCUUGUUAUGAAUAUGGUUGGUGCGCCGAGGCAUGCGGAGAAGGCGUUCCAGCGUGGGGUGGAUAUUGUCUGUGCACAGGGUGGUGAGGGUGGUGGGCAUACGGGUGACAUUCCGUUCUCGGUUCUGAUCCCUGCCGUUGUGGAUGUGGCGCGGAAGUAUAAGAGUCCCUUGACGGGAUUGCCGGCGCAGGUUGUUGCUGCGGGUGGUGUCAAUGAUGGGCGCAGUCUGGCUGCGUCGUUGAUGCUGGGCGCUUCGGGUGUGUGGGUUGGGACGCGGUUUGUGGCAUCGGUGGAGAGUGGCGCGAGUCAGCUGCACAAGGAGGCUGUUGUGGCUGCGAAGUUUGGUGAGACGCACCGUACACUGGUUAUUUCUGGGCGGCCGCUGCGUAUGCUGCCGAAUGACUAUAUCAAGGAGUGGGAGAGCCGGCCCGCUGAUAUCAAGGCGUUGACGGAGAAGGGUGUUGUGCCGAUGAUGGAUGACCUGGAGAAUGAAAAAGACAUUGAUAUGCCCUACUUAAUGGGUGAUGUGUCGGCAGCCGUUCAGGAGAUUAAGCCUGCUGGUGAUAUUGUGAGAGAGAUGGUGCAGCAGGCCGUCGAGGUUUUGAGAGCUGGUAAUGCCUACAUCAAGGCAAAUGGCUCGAGUAAACUAUAG